GGCUUUUUAGGGGGGUCACCUGCUUUUCCUCUCUUCCUCCACGGUACCCCCUUCCUCCAACUCUCGGGGGUUUCUUGACCCUUUUGUGGGGAAGGGUGGUUUUCUCCUUGUCCGCCGGAAUACCGCCUUUCUCUGUAGGUAACACCGGCCGGAAGUCUACUUCUUUCCCCGGGAUACUGCCGCCACCCUUUUGAAAACUCGUCUCCAUCGCCUGAUCUGCUCUCUGUUUUUCUUUCUCGUCUUUCGGAGGUGUCUCGCGAUUCCGUGCGUCUCCGGCAGCGUGCGCGUCUACCUUCCGCGUUGAAGGAUCUAAAGCUUCAUCUGGUGCAAAAUGGGAGCAUUGGUCUCAAGAUUGUGGUUUAUGUUGUUUCCGGCAAAGGAAUAUAAAAUUGUUGUUGUCGGCCUGGACAAUGCAGGAAAAACUACUACACUUUAUAAGUUACACCUUGGAGAGGUCGUAGUCACCCAUCCAACUGUUGGAAGCAAUGUAGAAGAGAUUGUUUACAAGAACAUUAGGUUUGAGGUCUGGGAUUUGGGAGGGCAAGAUCGACUAAGAACAUCAUGGGCGACCUACUACCGUGGAACUCACGCGGUCAUUGUCGUGAUCGACAGCACGGAUCGUACAAGGAUUUCAAUAAUGAAAGAGGAGCUCCUGAGGCUGUUGCAACAUGAUGAUCUCGAGCAUGCUGUGGUGCUUGUCUUUGCUAAUAAGCAAGAUCUAAAGGAUGCAAUGACACCAGCUGAAAUAACAGAUGCUCUCUCGCUUCAUUCCAUAAAGAAUCAUGACUGGCACAUACAAGCGAGCUGCGCCCUGACCGGUGAAGGCCUGUACGAUGGGAUGGGAUGGAUAGCUCAGCGAGUUUCCGGGAAAGCAACUUCCUGAGCCUGCACGCCUAAUUGUUUUCUGCCUCCAGGUGAUUAAUUUGCUUCAAGCAGGAGAUGUGCUUCACUUUGUAUAAACACUUGGUGUCAUGGUGUGAGAAAAUGCUUUUUGAUAAGUUGUACUUAGAAGACCAAUCUUCAGUAACAUUUUCAAUUUGGAAUGCGUUACAAGAGGACCUGUAUGAUGGAAUUCCUUGCAAUUGCCACAA